UAUUAAGUUCCCUGGUUAAGCUAAAGCAUUACCCCACUGUUAUUUCUCUUUUUUACCAAUUGGAAUUCAAUGGAAUUAAGCCAAAUAUUGUUUCCUUGAGUAUCUUGAUCAAUUGUUACUGUCACCUUGGUCAAAUGAGAUUUGCCUUUUCUAUAUUCGCCAAAAUUCUCAAGAUGGGUUAUCACCCCAAUACCAUAACCUUGACUACUCUUGUCAAAGGUUUUUGUUUAAACCAUAAGGUGAAGGAAGCUCUACACUUUCACGACCAUGUGCUUGCACUUGGAUUUCAUUUCAACCAAGUUAGCUACGGGACCUUGAUCAAUGGCUUGUGUAAAAUAGGGGAAACAAGAGCGGCGUUGCAAAUGUUGAGACAGAUCGAAGGGAAAUUGGUCAGUACCGAUGUUGUAAUGUAUAGUACAAUCAUUGAUGGUUUGUGCAAAGAUAAACUUGUAAAUGAUGCAUAUGAGUUAUAUUCUGAAAUGAUUACAAAGAGAAUUUCUCCUACUGUUGUCACUCUCAAUUCUCUAAUCUAUGGAUAUUGCAUUGUUGGUCAAUUCAAAGAAGCAUUUGGUUUGCUCCGUGAAAUGGUAUUGAAAAACAUCAACCCAGAUGUGUAUACUUUUAACAUAUUGGUUGACGCUCUAUGUAAGGAAGGAAAGAUCAAAGAAGCUAAAAGUGGGAUAGCUGUGAUGAUGAAAGAAGGUGUGAUGCCAGAUGUUGUUACCUACAGUUCAUUAAUGGAUGGAUAUUGUCUUGUUAAUGAAGUUAAUAAGGCCAAACAUGUGUUAAGUAUAUUAUCUCGAAUGAGAGUGGCUCCCAAUGCUCGUAGCUAUAGUAUCGUGAUUAAUGGAUUCUGUAAGAUUAAAAUGGUCGACAAAGCCUUGAGUCUCUUUUAUGAAAUGCGUUGCAGAAGAAUUGCUCCUGAUACGGUAACUUACAAUUCUCUAAUUGAUGGUUUGUGCAAAUCUGGGAGAAUCUCCUAUGCUUGGGAGCUUGUUGAUGAGAUGCGUGAUAGUGGUCAACCAGCUGAUAUAAUCACUUACAAUUCAUUAAUAGAUGCUUUAUGCAAAAACCAUCAUGUUGACAAGGCUAUUGCAUUAGUCAAGAAAAUUAAAGACCAAGGCAUUCAACUAGAUAUGUACACAUACAAUAUACUUAUCGAUGGACUAUGCAAACAAGGAAGGCUUAAGGAUGCACAAGUGAUUUUUCAGGAUCUUUUGAUUAAAGGCUACAAUUUAACAGUCUGGACAUAUACUAUUAUGAUCAAUGGUCUUUGUUUAGAGGGUUUGCUUAAUGAAGCUGAGACCCUGCUGUCAAAAAUGGAAGACAAUGGAUGUGUUCCUGAUGCUGUAACUUGUGAAACAAUUAUUCGCGCUCUCUUUGAAAAUGAUAAGAACGAAAGGGCAGAGAAACUACUACGUGAAAUGAUUGCCAGAGGUCUACUGUAAGAGAAGACUAGUUAAGAUACAUGCUUUAAUUGGUUCGUUGCACGUGAAAUUGAAACAAUGCUUGGCUAGCAAGGUUGAUGCUGCAAUUUUUAAAUAUGAAUUAUAUGAUGUAGAAAUAAUUGUAGAUUGGUCCCCCUUUAGGAUAAAAAAUUGAUGUUGAGGUCACAUAUGCUGUGUUUUUUUUUUUUUUGGGUUUUAUGAAGUUAUUGAAAUGUGGAGGAAAUGACUUACACAAUUAAGGAUAGGUAAAGGCUAAGAUGUGAUGAAAAAUCUUUUGAUCAUAUUCAUUAAAAAUCAAAAUUUGAAUCAUCUAUUGCUGGUUUUCUGUUUUUCCCCAGUUUUGUUGCAGUGCCUGUGUUUUGUCCGUGUUGGAUUUCUUCUUGAACAUGCAAACACAGUCACCUUCUUUGCUGGUUUGUUGUCAUCUAUAGGGGCAUAGCAGAGCGAAACGACAGGGGGGCUGCUAUAACAAUCAAUAUGGCAGUUGUUUGUGGCUGCAACAUUUGAGCUUUGAUGUUUAGUUCCUUUAAGCUUUAGAUGCUUAAAC